AUGGAGGCACUCAAGCAGACUUUCCAACGAUGCAAGGCGGAGAAGAGGAGCGCCUUGGUCACAUACGUGACGGCUGGCUACCCCAAGGCCGAGGAUACGCCUCAGAUCAUGCUGGCUAUGGAGAAGGGAGGCUCUGACAUCAUCGAGCUCGGAGUGCCCUUUACAGACCCUAUAGCAGACGGACCCACGAUCCAGACCUCCAACACUGUCGCCCUCGAAAAUGGUGUCACGCUGGCCACCACCCUCCAGAUCGUUCGCGACGCCAGGAAGCAGGGGCUUAAGACCCCCGUGUUGCUGAUGGGCUACUACAAUCCUAUGCGUGCAUACGGCGAGGAGAGGCUACUGCAGCACUGCAAGGAAGCUGGCGUCAACGGUUUCAUCCUCGUUGAUUUGCCGCCAGAGGAGGCCAUCUCCUUCCGGAAGCUCUGCUCGAGCGCAGGUCUUUCUUAUAUCCCCCUGAUCGCACCGGCCACCUCCGAGAACCGCAUGCGCAUCCUUUGCCAGCUGGCCGACUCGUUCAUCUAUGUCGUCUCUCGCAUGGGCGUCACUGGCGCGUCAGGCACCAUGAACGCGGACCUACCCAACCUGCUCGAGCGCAUCAAGAAGUACUCUGGCGACAAGCCUGCCGCUGUCGGCUUCGGUGUCUCCACACGUGACCACUUCGUCAGCGUGGCACAAAUCGCGGACGGUGUGGUCGUGGGCAGCAUGAUCGUUACUACCCUGCAAAAGGCACCAGAGGGCCAGGGUCCGAAGGCUGUCCAGGAGUACUGUUCGUACCUGUGCGGCCGAACGCCCGAGGAGGGUCUGACGAGGGAGGUGGGCGUCAUUGAGGCAAUUGCUGAGGCUAAGGAACCCAGCAGCACGCCUACGGUCAGUGCCGUAGUUACAGACGACGGUGUCAAAGGCGACGAUUCUGCACUAGUAGCGCAACUCGCCCACAUGCACAACAAGAUUCCCGACCGCUUUGGAGAGUUUGGCGGGCAGUACGUGCCUGAGUCGCUCAUGGACUGUCUGUCCGAGCUGGAGGAUGGCUUCAACAAGAUCAAGGACGACCCGGUGUUCUGGGAGGAGUUCAGGUCGUACUACCCGUACAUGGGCCGCCCGGGUCACCUGCACCUUGCUGAGCGGCUGACCAAGUAUGCCGGUGGUGCAAACAUCUGGCUCAAGAGAGAGGAUUUGAACCACACCGGCAGCCACAAGAUCAACAAUGCUAUCGGUCAGAUCUUGUUAGCAAGAAAGCUGGGCAAGACCAAGAUCAUCGCCGAGACUGGUGCUGGUCAGCACGGUGUUGCCACGGCGACGGUGUGCGCCAAGUUUGGCAUGGAGUGCACAGUGUACAUGGGCGCGGAAGAUGUGAGGCGCCAAGCUCUGAACGUGUUCCGCAUGAAGCUACUCGGUGCCAAGGUUGUCGCCGUCGAGGCCGGCAGCAAGACGCUCCGGGACGCUGUCAACGAGGCUAUGCGGUCCUGGGUAGUGCAUCUUGAGGACACCCACUACAUCAUCGGAUCAGCCAUCGGGCCACACCCCUUCCCGACCAUCGUGCGGACGUUCCAGUCGGUCAUCGGUAAUGAGACCAAGGAACAGAUGCUUGCGAAGCGGGGCAAACUGCCCGAUGCCGUCGUCGCAUGUGUUGGCGGAGGUAGCAAUGCCGUGGGCAUGUUCUACCCCUUCUCCAACGACCCCUCGGUCAAGCUGCUUGGUGUCGAGGCUGGUGGUGACGGUCUCGACACCAACCGCCACUCGGCCACGCUGUCAGGAGGCACCAAGGGUGUGCUGCACGGUGUGAAGACAUAUGUGCUGCAGAACGAGCACGGCCAAAUCCAGGACACACACUCUGUAUCUGCUGGCCUGGACUACCCGGCUGUCGGACCGGAGCUGUCGUCCUGGAAGGACAGCGAGCGCGCCAAGUUCAUUGCCGCGACGGAUGAGCAGGCGUUCUUGGGCUUCCGCCUCAUCAGCGAGCUGGAGGGUAUCAUCCCCGCGCUGGAGUCGGCACACGGUAUCUACGGAGCUCUCGAGCUGGCCAAGACAAUGAGCCUGGACCAGGACGUCGUGAUCUGUCUCAGUGGUCGCGGUGACAAGGACGUGCAGAGUGUUGCGGAUGAGCUGCCCAAGAUCGGACCCAAGAUUGGCUGGGACCUGCGAUUUUAGAUGACGUCUAUAAUGGUGUCUUUGAAUUAUUCUGGCUGAAAAACAUGCCAGAGGUAAGAAUCUUUUGGUUGUUCCGGUUAUGUAAAUAUCAAGAGUUGUUCUCAAAAGUCAUAGAAGAGAGAGAAGUCCAUGGACUGGGUUGUACAUGGCACCUUCGGGAUUCUCCCAAUCGAUGAUGCUGUUGAUAUCUGUAUAUGGUUUUUGGUUUUGAUCUUUUUUUUAGGUCGCAUGCGCAGUCCGUGCAUGCUCUCCCUCCCUCGACCAGGAAGAUUAUAAUCUGCCCUCAUCUGGACCCAGGGCAAACUCCUCCCCGGAACUCAACAUACGAUCCAUCUCCACAAUCAUCUGCUGCCUCUGGGCAUCAUCCGCCGCCUUCACCAUCUCAUCUGCCGCCAACAUCUCCGCCUCAAUCUCCGCCUCCGUCUUGGGUAUCAACCCCAGCUGUUUCCUCUGCUGGAUGAACCUCUCCCGCACAGCAUCGCUCUGCAUAAGCCUCCACCGCAGCUUCCAGCCCCAGGGCCCCAGGUCCUUGAUCCGCUGCGCCUUGUCCCCCAGCAGGUACUCAUCCAACCCCCCACACUUGUCAAUCGUCCGCAGCACGCGCGUCGUCACGCGGGUCUGCACGAAGCACUGCAGGGCCGGCGACCACAGGCGCCUGCGCUGGACGUUGGGGCGCCACUUGCGGUGCGUCUUGACGUUCCACUUCUCGGAGACGUUGUUGCCGAACUGGAGGCGCGCGGAGCCGUACAGGCCUGCGUUGGACUGCUUGUAGAUCUUGCGCGGGCCGUAGGGGUAGACGGGGAUUUGCUCGUCGCGGGCGUGCGGCUUGGGGAUGGGCAGGCUUGCGCCGUGGCUGUCGCGGGGGAUGCCCUGGCGCGGGUAGCCCGUGGCGAGGGCGGCUGGCGAGGUGCUGAAGCAUCGUGUCGUUGGUGUUGUUGCCGCUGUCUUGCUCGUCGUCCUUGAGGCUAUUGAGGCGACUGCGAGGGAGGUCGGGGCUGUUUGUUGCGAAGGGAGGAGGAAGUGGGAUGUUGUCGGCCUGGGGAGGAGGCCAAAUCGCAGCGUAGAAGCCAUGAUGAUGGCAGUCGAAUUUGGCCGAGGAAAAGAUGGUAUGUAGAUUGCUAUCGGCUGGCCAUUGACGAAAUAUUUGUUACGUUGUAGCGGGCGCGGAGCCUGAGCGCAGGUU